UUUUUUUUUCGGAUUCGUAGGACUGUGGACAAUGAUCAGCAAGGGCCUGAUUGACAUGAGGAUAUUGGCUGUGGAUGUUUUCACCAGCAGUAACAGAGAGGGCUUCAGGAGAAGCGCCGUCCUCUUCCUCAUGUGUGUCUUCCUAAGCCUACUCCUCAGUGGCUUACUCGUCCCGUACCUCCUCUAUACUCUGACUUGUGAGCCUUCAGUAUCCGGGGGGAUCGCCGCCCUCCAUGGGGUCCUGUUGACAUUUGCCCUCUUCCUGUCACAGAGAGUACGAUGCUUCUUCACGCUAUUUGUCAUCUCCAUUUUCACCAAGAAGAGUCGCAGUCUGCUGCUAACCGCUGGGACAAGUGUAGUUGUCCUUGGGAAUAUUCACAACACUUUGGAGAACCUCACAGACUUGGUCAGGAGCCUGAUUUGUAACCUGAUGGCCAAGAAAACAGCAGUCGUUGCUCCCUUCAGAAACUAUGUGGAGAUGUUGAAAUGGUUGGCUGAUAUUUUGCUCGGGGUGACGGAUCUCGGGGUGGUCAAGCUUGACUCCCAGCUCAAGAUUUCACCUCAGGUGAACUUGGAGAAUUUUCAGGAGAGACUCACCGAAGCCGAAUUAAAGCUGAAUCAAAGUGUCAAAUAUGCAAUGACCUUUAUAAACACAGUCUCCUCUGUGAAGGAAUGCAUUUAUCCUAUCGUCAGCGUCUUGGUGCUCAUGAUCUUUAUAAUACUGCACGUUAGAAAUUACUGCAGUGACAUGAAGUACAAAAACUCUUUCAUCAGCGACAAAUUCAUUGAUUUUGACAAGAAGCAGAAGGCGGAAGGAAAGCAACACGUGCUCCCUCUCACGUCGGAGGAGGAGAAGCUUUAUCCGUCCAUCCCUUCUCUUCGUCCCACCGCCCAGGAAGGAAAAGCUCUGUUCAAAUUUGGCAUUCCGGUCAUCUACCAUUUGGCCAUCUGGGUCAUACUUAUAACUGUGGAUGCCCUGUUGUACUAUUUUGUUGCUAUUAUAACAACUAAGCUCUCAGAAAUGGAACCAUUCCACGUCCCUCUGCUGCUGAGCCUCAAAGGGGUUGCAGCCAUAAUUGGUGUAAAGUUGGGUGAAGAGAAUCACCAAAAGGACUUUUCUUAUUCUGUGACGCUGUUUGAGAAGCAGUGCCUCCCCAAACCCAAACUGCUGCUCACAAACUCUGUCGGCCCACUGUCUGCCAUCCUGCUGACCUUGCUUGUUAUGACCCCAGUGGCAGCCAAGUUGGUCCAGAUCAGGCUCAUGGUGUGUGAGAAAUUCUACUGCACCGCUGCAGAGGAGAGGAUCAAGUAUCUUCAUACCAAAAUUCUGAGGAAGAGAUUAAAAAGGAGGCGAGAGAAAGAAAGCGGCGACAGUUUUAAAUCACUCAUCACUAAGGUAUGA